GUUCAUUUGUUUAGCUGAAACAGUAAUCGUUUAGAAUUUUUUCGCGAUAUUCAGAACACAAGUAAAUCGUUCGUCGUGAAACCCGUAUUAUCGUACGAGAGGUAAAAAUCAAGGAAUCUUCGAAAACUUGAGAUGAAUUCGAACAGGAGCAUAAUUUGGAAUAUUUUCAUCAUCAUCAUUAUCAGCACAAUUCAUUGUGCUUUAGGCCAACCAUACGAACCUGUAGUUUACUUCGAUGCUCCCGAGUCUCACUAUUUCGCAUUCCAAGAGGUGAAAUACGACUCCAUUAACGAACAUUACGUAGUGAGAACGGCUAAAGAAGAUGAAGUAAUAUCCAUAGCCUGUCCCAGUCAGAAUGGAGAUCAUUCGCUCAUAAUUCAAGAAUCAGUAUUCCACAAAGCAGCCGUUCUCCCUGUAUGCACAAAUCUCGUCAAAUCGCAAACUUUUCUCUCAGAUACUCAGGAGGGAUUCAGCGCUGUUGGAUAUUUGAUUCAUACACCAAAAGUGGGAUGGACUCAUCACUUUAAAAAUAUUCCUGAGAGACAUAUGGUCGUUGGAGUAAUUUAUUUCAAAUUCGACGAAUAUUUCAAAAGAGUUAAAUCUAUUUGGUACGUCAUUGUUGGGGGUAAAUAUUUGAACCUAAAGCUGAGUCGUGAAGAAGAUGAAAUCUGGAAAUACGAAAAGAAUGAAGAUAUUUACCGUUACGAUUUAGACCCCUUGUACAAGCAAGAUGGCUGCCCAUUUGUCAAAGUACCACUAGCUCCUGAAGAAGAUUUCCUCUUUGAUAAUUGGAAAUCAGCAACACGGCAGAAUGUCUUGACUGCUCCAAUGUGGCGUGAUUUAGAAGAUCAAUGGCAAGCUUUGGAAAUAUUUAUACGAAAAGUAGCCCGAAUCGUCAAUUCAGUCACAGUGACCACCGGGAUAAGCGGAAGGAUAAUGAAGCGACCCUACCAACUGGAUAAUUCUUCUCCGAAAUACGUAUAUUUGGAAAACGAAAAUUACCCCAUACCCAAGUAUUUUUGGAAAUCAGUUACUAUGCAGUUUUCCGACGAUAAACGAGAUUACAGCUACGGAAUCUUGUUCAUCAUGCAUAAUUUGAAUUUGUCAGAUCCUAAUUCCGAAUCAGAUGAUGGGAGAAGAAUCUGUUUAAAUUACGAUAUCGCCGAAUUGGGGUGGACAUUUUUAGGAAAAGUCCAGCUUAAAAGUCCCAUGUACGGUUGCUUGUUGAAUAACAAAGCUACGUCACGUUUUGGUGAGAAAGUGAUAGGAGAAUUUGAAGAUUUCAAUUUGAAUUUGCUAUCGAUGAUAGAGUUUGAUGAUGAUGAGAAAAGUAUGGUUAAACAAGUGAACGUUGUUGCGAAAAUUCAGCAGAUGGAAAAGGAAACUGAAAAAAUGUGAUAUUCUUGAAUCAUUUUUAAUCAUGAUCCGAUAGGUAGUUUAAUUCCCAUCAUUGAUGUAAAUUUUGAACAUUUUUACUCAUUGUCAUAAUUAUUAGCCUAUUUUUACGAAAUUUUAAAAUGUAAUUUUAUAAAUAAGUAUACCUAUUUUUGAAUUAUUUAAAAAUCUUUGAGAAAAAUUUAGUAACUCGCACUUUUCAUGCGAUAGGUACCUACAUGUACAGAGAAAACCAAAUUUCAACUUGUAUCCUUUAUUUUGGAUUUAAACCGAAUCCCAAUGGUGAAUAUAUUUUGAAAAUAUUUGUCUAAAUUGAUCGAAAGGUCACAAAUACAUGUAUAUCUGAGUUGG